AUGAACUCCAUUCAAGCAAAUGGUGUCAAGGAGGACGUUUCGAAAAAGAGGAAAAGAAAGAGAAGUAAGGGCUCCAAGGUGAGAUCUGAUGAGAAUGUUUCUGCAACACUUGUGGCAGAUGAGCCAGCACACACGCAAAACAAAAAGAUAAAAUUUAGUGAUCUCGAUGAGGUUGCGACAUCCGCAAGUCCAGUGCCCACACCCCCACUUGAGAAUGCAGAUUCCCCAACUAAGGUGAAACUAACUACAUUGAAAAAUGAGUCUACGUCCGAAAACCCUCUUGCACGCAAACCUAAAGUGGUAAAAUACGUUGAUGAUGAACAUGACUCAGAUUCCGAUGAUGCGAACGACUUUAGCUUUCAACAAUCGUCUCAGCAACUAACGCAACGAUCCGAGGAGCUCCUAAAAGUACGACAAAACUUACCAAUCUACCAUCACAAGGACAAGAUCAUCCAAUUUGUAUCUGAAAACCAAGUGACCAUCAUCAUUGGUGAGACAGGUUCAGGUAAAUCCACGCAAAUACCACAAUUCUUGAUGCCUGAGAAUAAGAAGACUAUUGCUGUAACACAGCCAAGAAGAGUUGCAGCAGCGUCAUUGGCAGCCAGAGUCAGCGAAGAGUACGGAUGUAAGCUAGGCUCGGAAGUGGGAUAUCAAGUUCGAUUCACCAACAAGAGCAGUCACAGAACCAAAUUGAAAUACCUCACUGAUGGUAUGCUUUUGAGGGAGAUAAUGUUGGAUCGGGAGUUGAAGAAAUACAGUGCAAUCAUUCUAGAUGAGGCACAUGAGAGGACGAUAUUGACUGAUUUGAUCAUGGGGUUCUUGAAGUCGCUAAUUACUUCGGGAACUCGUAAGGAUCUUAAAGUGAUUAUAAUGUCAGCAACAUUGAAUGCAGAGUUGUUUAGUCGUUUCUUUAACAGUGCGCCUAUUUUGUACGUUGAAGGUAAGAUGUAUCCAGUGAGUCAAAUGUAUGUUGGAGACGAGAGUAAUGAAGAUAUUGUUGAUUGUGUCAUUCGUUCAGUGAUAAAGGUCAACAUGACUGAGCCUGAAGGUGAUAUUUUGUGCUUUUUGGCAGGGCAGGAAGAAAUUGACAAUUGUGUGAAAACUUUGGAUCAAUUGGCACCCCAGCUCCCUCGUGAAGCACCACUAAUUGUCCCCUUGCCAUUAUAUGCAGCUUUGAGUCCCCAUCAACAACUGAGAAUUUUUGAAAAAUUGUCAAAGGGGCGCAGAAAAGUUAUCUUGGCUACGAAUAUCGCCGAAACUUCCAUCACUGUCCCCGGUGUCAAGUAUGUGAUUGACUCUGGAUUAAGAAAAGUUAAAAUAUGGAAACAUGAUUUGGGAUUGUCUACUUUGCUCACAACUCCCAUUUCACAAGCUUCGGCUAGGCAACGAGCAGGAAGAGCAGGAAGAGAGAGUGCGGGAAAAGUGUUUCGAUUGUACCAGGAGAGCGAGUACUUGAAGCUACCCAAGCAACAAGAGUCCGAGAUUAAAAGAAACGAUAUAAUCUUGCCUAUAUUGACGUUGAAGAAGUUGGGUAUAGAUGAUUUGUUGAAUUGGACGUGGCUUGAAGAUCCCGGACAGGAACUGAUAUUAAGUGCCUUGAACACAUUAUACACAUUGGGUGCGUUGAAUGAUGCGGGAAAGAUUACUGGCUUGGGUUAUAAAAUGAGCAUUUUGCCAUUACCUCCUCAGUUGUCGGUGGUUUUGAUAACUGCUACAGAAAUGGGCUGUUUGGCUCCGGUGAUUGACAUUGUUUCCUGUUUAUCAGUUGACAAUUUGAUUUUGAACGUUUCGGGAGAAUUAAGAGACGAAAUCAACUUUAAGCGAAGGUCAUAUUGUCCAAAAGGAAACACUCACGGUGACUUGAUUGCAUUAUAUGAGUUUUAUCAAACUUUCCAAUCUUUGGGCAAAGAGUGGUGUCAGGAAAUGAUGUUUAGUUACAAGGGGUUCAAGAAUGUGCUCAAGAUAAAGAAUCAAUUGAAGGAGUACAUGAUGGCCACAGUUAAACAAGACGAUAGUGCACUGAAUGUUGAAAAGGAUAAACAAAUGUCCAAACUUCGUUCUCAGUUUGAGGACCAAGAUGAAGUAUUGGACAUUCCAGCCAUCAUCAAGUCCUUUUUGAAAGGGUUCAUUACAAACACAGCUGUUGAAAUUGUUCAGCCAUUGAAUUAUCGUGGCUACAAGAGGUAG